AUGUUGUCAACACUAGCUCGCACAUCAAGACUCCAGAGCGCAAGGUCUUCUUCGCGUGCAGCCUUUUCAACACUAAGACCCCUGCGCCAACAACCGCUCUACCAACCUCCCACGCCCGCAGAACCAGAAAACCCGCAUCGCGCCUUUUACAAAUCUUUCGGACGCCCGAUCGCAAAAGUCUUCUUCAUGGCUCUUUUUACAUACCAAGUGCUACACUAUACCUGGCUGAGACUGGAAGCCAUGGAGGAAAAAGAGGAAAAGACUGCAGAGUUGCAAGGGUUGGAGGGCCAAUUGAGGGAUAUGACAAAGUCGACAAAGAAGGCUUGA